AUGGCUUCAAAUCCACAGGAUGGGCAACCGAUGCCCGGCGAUAAGACUCUGCAUGUCUGGUCGAAGCCCAUAGAGCAAAACGAAACUACUACAGUCAACGGCGAACAUGGUGCGACACCAACGAAUAAUAGGCCAACUAUUUCAGAGGCCGUUUCUAUGAUCAAGAAGGAUGAUUUUACGAAUGUUGCGAAUACCCCUUGUGCUCGACAAGGUUUCAUCACAGGAAUAGCAUCUGGUGCCGGCAUUGGAGGAUUGAGGUUCGUCCUCAAAGGAAAUCCCGGUAGCGCUGCGAACUGGGCUGUUGGAGUAUUUGUGCUUGGAAGCAUGGCAUCAUACGAAUGGUGCCAGUACCUACGCCGCGAGGAACGUCGACAAAUGAAACGACAUAUUGAGGUGGUGUCGGAGAAUAGGAGAGAACAAGCAAGAAAGAUCCAAGAGGCAAGACGGGAGCACGACAAGCUGGAGGCUGAAAAGAAGGCGGCAGUAAAGCCAUGGUACAAGGUCUGGUGA